AAAACAAAAACCAAAUUGACUCAUUGUCACUCUUCACACUUCUAUACUUCGCGAGAGUUUUUCAGGCGCCAUGGAGGGCUCCUCGUCGCAUCCGUCUGAUUCAAAUCAAACGGCCUCUCGUGCAUCUGGUUUUCUUGCUAAUCUUCCUUCUCGUGGCCUCUUCUCCUCCACCGUCAUCUCUUCAAAUCCGGGUAGUAUGCGAGUUUAUGUUUGUGAGCAUGACACAUCACCCCCAGCGGACCAACUGGUAAAAACAAACCAACAAAACAUAUUGAUUAGGUCACUCACUCUUAAGAAACCAAAGGGUGAUGCCAGUUCAAAGGAUGUGAAAGGUGUAGCUGGAGCUGAUAAAAAGAGGGCUGCUGAAAGAGUUUUGGAUAGUAGGAAUCCAGCAAAGAGAGCCAACAUGCAAGCUUGCUCUCGUCAAGAGGGAUCGAACAGUCGUACAGCUGAGAAGGACUACCACAGUUUGACUGUAGAGAGGCUUCGGGCACUUCUCAAGGAAAGAGGUCUUUCACCCAAGGGAAAGAAGGAUGAGCUGAUUGCACGCCUUAAAGGUGCAAAUAGUUAAGUGUAGCUCAGAAGGUGGAAAGGUUCUCAGCUUGUUUUGCAUUUGGGUUAUGGAAGGUGAUUA